AUGCUCGGAAAAGUAGAGAGACAGAAGCUAUUUGUGGAGAAUGGAAGCAUAUUACUGGAGAAGUUAAUUGCCUAUGGUAGUAGCAGGUCUAUUCCCAUCCGUAGCUUCUCCAUUAAAGAGCUCCUGAAGGCCACGAACAACUUCGAUCCUCACCUUCUUUUAAAACAAGAUGCGUUUUAUCAAUGGUACAAUGGGUCUCUCGAAGACAGGUUCAUUUCCGUUAAGAAAUUCACAGAGCUAGAAUUCGCAGUACGGGACCUUCCCCUCACUGAUAUGGCUAUCUGUGCAAAGAUGUGCGCUCACAAGAAUGUUCUUAAGCUCAUAGGGUGCUGUCUCGAGACUCCAUCUCCCGUUUUAGUCUACGAAUCUGCUGAAAAUGGAACCCUUUCCGAUCGAAUUUAUGUCUCUAAUCCACAACAUCGACCUAUGCCAUGGACGAGCAGGCUCAAGGUUGCAAGGGAGAUUGCUCAUGCUAUUGCAUAUCUCCACACAGCCUUCUCCAGACCCAUUAUUCACAGGAAUAUAAAACCAGGAAACAUCUUCUUUGACCAACGUGACAUUCCCAAACUAUCUGAUUUUUCAAUGUCUAUUGAAAUCCCAGAGGGUGAAAUUGAGGUGAAAGAUGUUGUUAUGGGGACUCGUGGUUUCGCAUGCCCCAGGUACAUUGAUACGGGCAUUGUGACGGAAAAAAGCGAUGUCUAUGGCUUUGGAUCUCUUCUGUUAGAGGUUGUAACUGGAAAAAAACUGCGGGAUCUAUACGAAAUAGCUCCUGGUUUAACAAUCUCCGAAGAUGACAGAACAAACAUUGUAAAGAAGCUGGUUGAAUUUGCAAGCCAGGCAGGGGAAGUAGAAGCUGGUCUGGAGCAGCAAUUGCAAGCCUCACUGGAGCUUGCCCUGAUAUGCGGAGAUGAGAAUCCAGAGUUUAGGUCAACCAUGAUUGAUGUUACAAAAGAACUACGACGGAUUGAGAGGUGCAUUCCAUAA